AUUAAUUAAAAUAUCUUUAUUAUGAGUUAUCAAAGAAAUCUUCUAAAAAGGACAUUAAGAUGUAAAUUAAGUCUUUACAUCGUUUGACCUUUAUUUAUCCUCAGUUUUACUGUCUGCAGCAUGACAAUCUACAUCUCUAUCGCCUUCCAUGUUACACGCUCCACAAAAAAGGAUGAGUGGCCAGAAAAGCACAAGGCAGAGCAUUGGACUGAAUGACUGAGCUCUCUCCUGGGACUCUGUCUUUUUGCUCAGGGUUGCAGGUUUCCCCCCUCUUCACCACCGCCCCAUGCGUCAGAUGAUGCUCCUUGCCUGUGCCUAUAUAAGAUGCUUCAGUGGCAACCUGACUGGCACUGCAUCUCUUUCCCACAUCCACACACCUCACUCACACAGUCUGUGGUCUUGAAGCGUUUAAACAUGAGUUACUCCGGCGACAUGUACACGAGCAGCUCGUACAGGAAGAUUUUUGGAGAUGCGCCACGACGCGUCACCAUUGGCAGCGGCAGCAGCCCGUCCCGGGUGACGGUGGGGUACCGCUCCGGAUCUCAGCACCACCGCAGCUAUGCCGCUCCACCCUCCAUGAUCACAUCUUCAAGUUACCGCACCAAACUUGGAUCUGGUCGCAGCGGCUUCCAGUACAUGCCGGACUCCGUGGACCUGACGCAGACCACGGCCAUCACCAACGAGCUGAAAAUCAUCCGCACCAAUGAGAAGGAGCAGCUGCAGGGCCUCAACGACCGCUUCGUGACGUUCAUCGAGAAGGUGCACAACCUCGAGCAGCACAACAAAGUUCUGGAAGCCGAGGUGGCCCUGCUGCGCCAGCGUCACAACGAACCGUCUCGCCUGCACGACCUCUACGAGCAGGAGAUCCGCCAGCUGCGCGCGCGUGUCGAGGAGUUGACGCAUGAGAAGAGCCAGAUGCACCUGGACUGCGUACAGAUGAACGACGCGCUCGAGCGCGUCAGGGAGAAGCUGGACGAGGAGACCCGGUUGCGAGAGGAGGCCGAGAGUAGCGUGAAAGGGUACCGCAAGGAUGUGGAUGAUGCCACUCUCUCCCGACUGGAGCUCGAGAAGAAAGUCGAGUCCUUGCUGGAUGAGAUCGCCUUCCUCAGGAAAGUGCACGAGGAGGAACUUCAGGAGCUGCAAGCGUCUCUUCAGGCCACACAGGUGUCGGUUGAGAUGGAUGUAAGUAAGCCGGACCUCGCUGUGGCCUUGAAGGACAUCCGUGCCCAGUACGAGUCUCUCUCUUCCCAGAACCAACUGCAGGCAGAGGAGUGGUACCGCUCCAAGUUUGUCACCGUGACGGAGGCAGCAGCCCGCAACAAUGAUGCCCUGAAGCAGACCAAGGAUGAGCUUUCUGAGUAUCGCCGACAGCUGCAGGCACGCACACUGGAGACCGAGGCCCUGAAAGCUCACAACGAGGCCUUAGAGAGACAGCUGGCAGAGAUGGAGGACCGCCACAGCAACGACAUUGGCGAGCUGCAGGAUACUAUUCAGCAGCUGGAAUCUGCUUUGCGCAGCACUAAAGGUGAAAUGUCUCGCCACUUGCGUGAAUACCAGGACCUGCUGAAUGUCAAGAUGGCACUGGAUAUUGAGAUCGCUGCCUACAGGAAGCUGCUGGAAGGUGAAGAAUGCCGUCUAAGCUCUGUGGGCGGAGCCAUGAUGCAGUCCGCCUACUCUUAUCCGUCAAGCCGCACUUAUGCCCUGAGUGCUUACAGGAAGGUUGGAGUCAAACCUGAGGAAGUGGAAGUGCAGGAAGAGGAGGAGGAGGAGAAGGAAGAGGAAGGAGAGGAUGAGGGAGAGGAGGAGGCAGGAGAGGAAGGAGAGGAGGUAGAGGAAGGAGAAGAGCAGGAAGGAGGCGAUGAGGAGGAGGAAGAACAGGAGGACAAGAAAGAGAAGGAAAAGGGUGAUGAGAAGAAGGAAAAGGAAGAAAAGACAAAGGACCAGAAGGAGCAGAAGGAACAGAAAGAGAUUGAAAAAGAAAUGGAGAAAGAGAAGGAGAAGAAGAGUGAUAGCAAGGGCGAUAGCAAUAAGGCAGAUAGCAAGAGUGAGAAGGGGGACAGUAACAAGGGCGAAAAAGCCCCUGCCGUCAAGAGCAAGUAAUGCUGCAUACCAUCAAUGCUCCGGCCACCACUGCACAUCACUCACACAUCCCUCUGGACCCCUCUGUUUCCUCUUUUCCUCUCUUUCCCUUUGCCACAUUCACACAAACACAAAAACUCAAAUAUACAAACACAAUGCCACCAAACAAACAUCAUCUACUCAUUUUCACUUUCAUUUCACUAUGUAUGGCUGAUCGCAGGUGUUGAUGAGUCAUGCAGAGCAGCAUUAGACAGGUGUAAACAAAUGUAAUGGUUUCCUUUGCAGGAAAGGAAUGAGUUAGAAAUAAAAAUUAAAAAAAUGAAGGAUUGGGUAUUUUUCUGUAUUAGCACUCAAGACAUAAAUCAGGGUCUAUAUCCAGACAGAAGAAGAGGAGAAAAAUAGAGUUAGUAAAAAAGAAAAAAAAAAGGUAAAGACAGCAAAGGGACUAGUCAUACCUAGGCUGUGUCCAAAAUCUGAAAAAUGCUGCCUUUGGAAUCAGUAUACAUUGUACAAAUGACUAGUGGCACCAUUUAGGGUUCCUCGCCACACUUGCAGACAGACCGAUGUCACUGUGAAUUCGGCGACAGUGGGUCAAAAGUUCUUCUGCUUAAAUCGGUCUGUGCUUACCAAAAUUCAAAGCACUAGCCCCCGUGGCCAAAUCUGGAAGUGUUGUUGAGGUAUGGGCACGUGUGAGCUCCAGUUUACAGGUGAAAUGUACACAGAUGGCGCCAAAAGCAAGUUUUAUUUUUAGUUGUAAAUGAUGCAAUACUGUCAACACAAAUGCAUAUCUAAUUAACCAUAUGCCCAAACCCCAACCCUAAACCAAACCGUAAGUGGAGUAAAAAUGUAAUCUUAGAGGGAAAAUGCAACCUCCGAAUCGCUCUCACUUAGUCUUUUUCUGCUGACAUGGUUCGGGGGCAUGUUCCUGGGCUGGUGUGAAUUCUCGAACUGUUCAGCACGUUUCCACUGAAAAAAGGGGUGGAAAAUCUGGUUUCGCACCGGCUCCAAAAGCUUGUCUCUUCAGAGGAACCGAUUAUGUCGGGUGGCGGAGGGUGUGAUUAUGUUUCGUCACCAGGUAGUUUUCCAAAGAACAGUAGCUACCAUCUGCAGCAAGGAGUACUUUUUCUCUCAAUAACAACAAUAAAAUCCACCCAAAAAUGUCAGACAUCAAAAGUGUUCAGGAAACGUGGAGGAAUCAAGCGCUCUACUUGCGAUAUGGUCUUCUACGGAUCAAAGAUAAACUAGAGAGAUAACAAAGGAAAAAAGUCUACAAGGACAUACGGCAAGAAACGAUGCACACCGGCUUCAACCGGAUGGUUGACCAAAUCAUAAACAAAUUGAAAACUUUAAAGAGAGUACAGGGAGCAUGCCAAUGCAAAAGCAGCAGUGAAAGGAAGCAACCAUGUCUUGGACUCUAUGCUCGGACACCGACCAUCCAGCUAACUAACCUGGACAUUGAAUUAAAUCAGUCAUGCUUGAGGUAAACACAAAAGUCACAUAAAACUACCAUAUAGCCACGUAACCUGUUAUGUCACCGUUUGGCUCGCAAGUCAGCGGAAAAGCGCGGCCAGUUUACGAUAGGCUCCAGUUUGCCUCAGCCAUGAACAAGCCGAGCACAGGCUUGGCACGAGAACCAUCACCAUUUCGAUAGAAAAGGGCAAACUGUGAACACGAUUACUUCCUGAUUGCCAUGAGACUAGGACCCAUGUCCCUGAGGGUGCAUUUGAAUUGAUGCAAAAAUGUCUGAUGGAAGAUGCUGCUUGUCAGUAACUCGGGGAUGAUUUCAGGGUACUGGAACAUUUGGUAGCAACAUGUCGAUUUCUCAUGUGAUCGUGUUGCUGGUGAACUCUUUGGGGAAACUCAAGGUACCCUUUCAAAAAUGACAGUUCUCUGAGGAACAUAAUGGAAUCCAUAUGUUUGUGCAAGAACUCAAAUGGUUCCUCCAUUAAUCACAUCAUUCCUUGAGUAAAAAGUAGGAUAUCUUAAUGUUCCCCAAAGGGUUCUGCCAGUGUGGCAAUCUGAAGAACCCCAAAUAGUGCCUCUUUUUAUUAUAUUUUUAUUUUACAGUGUAAAGAAGGCACCAAGGCACAUCCAAAUCCAAAUAUUUUGCAUAACAUUCUAUCUGCUGUACAAACAUGGCUUCAUCUGGUCGUUUCCUGAAGGCAUCGUAGAUUACACAAUCCUGUGCGUGCAGUUCAGUGAUUGUUGGAGAAAAAAAGUGAUUGAAUGAAGUAAAUUCAUUCAUAGAUGUCAAUUAUAUCAUUCAGUAUCAUUUCAUCAAUUUAUGAUUCAGUUUCUAAUAUUCCAGGAAUAUUUAUUUGGUUAUUUCUAAAACAUACUUGAAUUUGUUCAAGAUGACAUGACGCUAUGAUGCCUUGGAUGGUGGUCUGAAAUCAGUUUCUUUAGGGGGUACCUUCAUACAAAAACAUUGUCUAUUAAGUCAUUGACUGGCUGGGCAGCAAAGCAGCUUCCUUGGGUUUUGGACACAGCCCUUGUGUUCACGUGCCAUUAUUACUAAUAGUGCAGGAUGGGACAAAGGAAUGUGAUGCCUUGCAAGCCAAAUGAAAGGCAUCUUGUGCAAAACAGAACAAGUUUGCUGGUUCCAACCUCUCGGUGCUACAAAAAGGAAGAGGUAAUUGUCCAUAAAGAAACAGCAUUAUCUAGAGCUUCACUCAAGUCCUGAAUGUAUGUCACUAGCCAAGUAGGCCAUGUCUCCUAUUUUUCCCAACGAUAUUAUGGCUUCUAUACCCACACGAACGGAAUUGUUCAAGCUCAUUUCAUUGAUUCGCUAGAAUGGUUUCAUUCACCUUUUCAUGCUCAGCAUGCAUAAUUUUCAAGUUAAACUCAUCAGUCCAUCCAAUCAUUUUUCAGUUCAUCUAUUUGAUGUUCCUGUUUUCCUUAAUUUCACUUGUCACAGCAUGGCAAGCUUGGCAGCAUGAAGUUCAAUGAGGUGAAAGAGAUAAAAGGGAGGGUUUCAAAGUUUAGAUUUGGGAGAGAGAAGUGCAUUGUGCAUCUGUAGUAUGGGAUGAUUCCUCUGCAUUUAAGCAUUUAGAGAUUUCAACACUUUAGAGGCAAUAGCUGCUAUUCCCUCCUAUGUUCAAAAAAGACCUCCUCUUGAUUGAUUCAUUCAUGAUGGAGCAGAUCUCACUCUUUUUGAAGUAAUCUUUCUCUCCCUCUGUGUCUUUUUCUCUCAAACUGUCUGCCUCUUUCCAGUCAGUGACAUGGCUUCCUUCAAGAAAGCUGGAAUAGUUUCCUGUGUCUAGCCAUGUCCUUUUGUUCUUCUGCUUACAAAUGGGUUAAUUUCAUGAAAGCAUGUCCAGGUCAAAUUUCACCCCAAAAUCACAAGAAAACAAUAAGUGCUACUUUGCAUAAAGAAAAUAAAUCAUAUUUUGAAAGGCAAUUAAAAUUGUAUGCAUUGUGACAUUAUUUUUAUUAAAAUUAAGAAUAUUUUACCACCAAAUUCUCAGUGCUGUAAUGCAUCCAGGCUUUGCACUUUUCGUUUUUUUUUUUUAUUCUUAGAAUUAGAUUUUUUUCAGAAAUAAGGUCACAAAAAAAAAAAUAAACUAAUCUUACAUGGUCCUAAAACGGGCUUCAUCUUUCUUUUGCAAAAUAUAAUUUCUUAUUUCUUACUUUUGAUUUUGGGGUGAAAUAUGAUCUGAACAUGUUAUUGACCCAAAUAUGUAUUGAGAAAGAGAAAGCAUGGCUAUGAGUCUUUGUACAUGUGUGUUUUAUGUUUGUGUAGGUUUGUUUGUGUUUUUUCUUUGUAUCUGUGAACAUGUGUGUGUAUGUACAGUAUGUAUGAAACAGAACGCUUUCAGGCAUGUAAUUUAUAAGCACAUGUAAUACUGAGGUCUUUCUGAGGCAGUGUAAACACUCAUGGUGCAGCUGGUAAUGACAGGUACAGCUCUUUUCUCUCCCUGCAGGUGACAGGCAGGCCAUAUAGAGGGCAGAGGUGUCACAGACAGUCACACCUACGGCUAUAGUGAAGAGCUAUUGCCACCACAUAAUUCCCCUCCAAAAAAACAACUAAGACAAGCAUCAGUUCAGACAACUUUCUAAACAACCGCAAUGCAGGCCUGCUUGAUUGAUUGCAGGAGGCAAAUGAGUAUAAGCAACUUAAAUAUUAAGUGUUAGUGUUACAUUAUACAAAUUCAGAUUUAUAUACUGCUGUCAAAAUGCCUCUGGAUUUCCACAUGAAUUGAGGCUAAAAUGUGAUCUGAUCUAUGUCAUAAUACACAAUAACCUUAUUACUUUGCUAUAUUUUACUGAAUAAGUAGUUUCCAUAUCAACAUCAUAGAUGGAAAAAAUGGAACCAGUUUGGAGGUAUUGUGGCAUAUUAAUACAAAAGUAUUUUCAAACACUCGUGUUCAGUGAUUUUCUCAUGCUCACCUGAAAUCUUUUGAUUUGGUCAUAUUACACUUACUACACACAACAUAAUAGGGCUGUGCAAGAAGGCAAACCAAGUCAACUCAAACAUGCACUAAUUGGAUCUAAUAUCUAAGAUAACCCUCUUUUCAAGAGUUCAUUAUCCUUGAUUACAUGCUUUUUCAAUCAGUGCCCUCGAUUUGGUCAAUAAAUAUAUAGCAAUAUAAAUUGUUAUAUGUGUUGUUUGUUAAAUAAAACUUGCUGGAUCAGAUCACAGUUCAAGAGCUAUUCUAGUAAAAAGGAUAAUACCAAAGGUUCCUCAAAUGUUUUCUGAUAUAUAGAUGAAUAUUUGGCAUCAGUUUGGACUGACGGUGACUGUGGAGAUGGUGGAUUUUGCCUUUUGUAGUUUCCUUUGGGAAAGUGAACUGUUGGCUUCAGACAAACUGCAUUAAAAUCUGGGGCCGAAUUUACUAAAAUCUUCUUAAGAAAAAAAAAAUUGUAAGAAGUUGGUUAGAAGGUAUCUAGCUAUGAAUGUUGAUGGUUUAAUACAAAUGAACAUUCUUAAGUCUUUUCCGGAAUACAAAAUAUUCAAAAAUAAGAUGAAAUUAAUAGUUAAGAAAAAUUGUAUUCUUAAGAAUGUUUCUUCAAUUCAGCCCCUGAUCCAAGAGAGUAGGAAAGGUGGGGAGAGUAAGACUUCAAAUAAACGGGACAAAAUAGAUGUAUCAAUGUAGCCAAUUUUUCAUCUGGUGUGGUGCUAAAACAUGAAAUGAAUGAAUCAAGAGGAGUUUAAAUUUGCAUGGCCUGAUUCACUUGGAGCUUGACAAUAUGAGGGGGUGGGAUAGAUUUGCUUGAUGUGUGUAUAAAAUGUUCGUAAUUGCCUUAAUCAUGACUGCUUAAAAGUCCUCACAUUUCCUGCAUCUCAACACUGUAUCAGAGAUGGUUGGAGGAAAGCUGACACUAACUGUAUGGCUGCUAACUGAUACAGUAAUAUUCCCCUGAAGCCAAAUAAAGCCAUUUAUCAACCAAA